AUGUCGUGGCUUUUUGGAGAUAAGACGCCCACCAAUGAUGCGAAUGCUGCCGCAGGCGGCCAAGACACGUCCAAGCCUAAGGAACUGUCGUUGAAGCAGAGUCUAGGUUUCGAGCCAAAUAUCAAUAACAUAAUAUCAGGUCCUGGCGGCAUGCAUGUCGACUCCGCUAGGCUGCAUCCUUUGGCCGGUCUAGAUAAGGGUGUAGAAUACCUGGAUCUGGAAGAAGAACAGCUAUCCUCAUUGGAAGGCUCGCAAGGUCUGAUCCCUUCCCGUGGAUGGACCGAUGACCUAUGUUACGGUACCGGUGCCGUCUACCUGCUGGGACUUGGUAUCGGAGGGUUUUCGGGGAUGAUGCAGGGUCUGCAGAAUAUUCCGCCUAACAGCCCUGGGAAAUUGCAAUUGAACACCGUACUGAAUCACAUUACCAAGAGAGGACCCUUCUUAGGUAACAACGCGGGGAUUCUCGCGUUGAGCUACAAUAUUGUCAAUUCCACAAUCGACGCAUUAAGAGGCAAGCAUGACACCGCGGGUUCCAUUGGCGCUGGGGCUCUCACGGGCGCCUUGUUCAAGUCCUCUAAAGGCUUGAAACCCAUGGGUUAUUCCUCAGCAAUGGUGGCCGCUGCGUGCGCCGUCUGGUGUAGUGUUAAGAAAAGACUACUUGAAAAAUGA